AUGGAGGUUUUUCUCAGUCUCUACGGCAACACCCUGGUCCGUGAGAGGGAUUGCACCUACGUUUCGGAAAUUGCUCCUGAGUUUGUGGAGAUCGUGACCGACAACUCGUCCCAUCCACUGGCAGCUGCGAUCGAUCUCACGCAGCUCAAAUUCAAAGACCGCGACGUGCUCCAGGACGUCUUCAAAGGUUGGUUCAAGGACGUCCCCUUCGACAUCGAGGCUCUUCGGGAGCAGCGCUGCCGAGGCUACUACCGAGCCAGAUAUGACCACCGGAAGAACUUGAUGGACUAUGACUACCAGACGUUCAUCAAGGAAGUGGCGGGGAUCAUCCACUGGUUCCACUACAAAGAGUUCGGCCACAGCGGUGUGGCCUUCGAGACGCGGCUGGCGAGCUACGCCACGCCGAACCGGACGCUGGCGUCUUACAAUGAAGCUGUUGAUCGCUCCAAGGGUACCACUGUCCAGGUACGUGGCUUCUGGGGCGACAUCAUUAACAGCCCAUACCAUGGCUUCUGCACGCGCACUGAUCCAGAGGUGAGGCAUCGCCUCUUCAAGAUCAACUCGCAGCAGUAUCGGCACACUGAGACAGACAUUGCUGAGUACAACCUCACAGCGUACCUCAGUGAGAUGGAGACGGGCCGACGCUUCUCGCUACCUCCGGAGAAGCCCGAGGAGUUUACCUACCCUUAUGCCUCUCCGUUGGAUGAGCUCCGCGCCGCAGACAAGGUGCAGGAGGUCAAAGAGGAAGAGCCAAAGAAGGUGGUGGAGGAAGACCCGGCGAAGGCUUCCCGAGGGCGGCGCGAGAAGAAGUCAGUGAACUGGCCACCCCUCAGCGAAGCCAUGGAGGGCGUGGAGAUUGUGCUCUUGGCCGGAGAUCUGAAGGAGGUUCUCAAAAAGCCCAAGUACAAAGGCCUCUUCCAUCGGGCCUUUGUCGGUGCCAUGGGAACCAUGCCGCUCUUCGAGGAGAUGGGACUCACCACGGGAGCCGGUGGCCGCGCAGCGGGAGACUUCGGGAAGAGACGCGAGGAGUCUGCCAUUGCAGCCUCCUUGGCAGAUGGCGCGGAGGUCCUCUGUGAGACGCUGAAGUAUCAGGCACACUUCGAAGGCUCCACCCGGCUUGGCUUUCGCCACCGGCUGGCACAGGCAGGCCAUUUCGCUGGCUGGCGCCUGCGCGACGAGCGAAGGGCGCUUCCACGCCUGGAGAAGGACAUGCAGGAGCGCCAGUGCAGAGCGGCAGAGCGCAACGCCACGGACUUCAUGCGUUUCGUGGCCAUGCCAGGUGCAACAGCUCCUGCAGAAGCCUGA